CUCGUUCUACCCAGACCCGAGAAACACGGCGGUCCCAUCACUCUGAAUCCUUCCACCUGCAGCGGAGUCGGUUGUCAAUUGGACAAUCUCUUCAGCGCCGAGCUCUGGCAUCCAGGCGACCUGAAAUUUGCAUUGGAGGAGGCUCUUGUUCGAAUUCUUCAAAGCCCUCUGGUGGAAUGCCUUUCGGUUCUCGAACUCAGUCGCCUCAUUGAUGAUGCCUUUCCCUUACCGCGCAAAAAAGCUGUGAAGUCAACCCCUGUGAAGGCUAAGACCACGAGCGGUCCUGAGGAAGGCAGCUUUCUGGUACGUUUUCUAGAUGAAAGACGGAAAGAUACUGAGAAGUCUAAGGUCUGUCCCGGUUCCCUCGAAAUGAGGAUCGGUGAAGUGGUGGACGUAAAGUCGCAUCCCACCUCGGCUGACUUCAACGUCUGCCGCGUCUCCUUCGGCGCUGGAGAGAAUGACAGGAUCUCUGUGAUUGGACUACCUGCUGAGGCUUUGAUGCACAAAAAAGCUGUCUUUUUGACCAACCUUAUUCCUUGUGACGUUGAAGGCGUCACUUCGGAGAUUAAGGUAGUGUGCUUAGGUGACAACGUGUUGGAAUGCCCUUGUCAUGCACUGGGCACAGUGCUACGUUUCCAGGACACAGAGAAGGAAGGAAAACGUGCUAAGACUGCCGCCCCCUGCAAUGUUAUAGUUAAUUAUGAUGCAAAUCCAGGAUGGAGAGCCUUCUUUCAUGACGUCUAUUACUCCCCUGAUGGUGGCGGUGCUCUGUGUUGGCGGCGCAAUUGGCGUCUGUUUCUCGCUCCUUAA